CCCGGUGGCAGCCCAGCUGAGGUGCCGGUGCCUGCGCCUCGGGCAGCCAGAGAGAAGGAUGAAGCCGCAGCCGGAGCAGCCCCCUUAUGAUUGGCUGUGGCGGUUGUAAGCCCGAAGUAAAGAUGGCGGGCGGGCCGGUGGCCGCCGCACUGCCCACUUGGAAGAUGGCGGCGCGCCGCAGCCCCAGUGCCCACGGCCGGGAGGUCCUGCGGGUGGUGGCGGGGCUGCUGCUGCUGCUGAGCUGUUGCUGCGGCGGGGGCAGCUGCGCGGGGGCCGGCGAGGCGGAGGAGACGGUGAUAAUCGGGUUGAGGCUGGAAGACACGAACGACGUGUCGUUUAUGGAAGGGGGGGCGCUGCGGGUGAGCGAGCGGACCCGGGUCAAGUUGCGGGUCUACGGGCAGAACAUCAAUAACGAGACCUGGUCUCGCAUCGCUUUCACUGAGCAGGAGCGGCGGCGGCAGGGCCACGGGGAGAGGGGGGCCGGGGGCCCCCUGCAGCCGGAGCCGGAGAGCGGCCCCCAGCGCUGCGGCAUCCGCACCUCGGACAUCAUCAUCCUGCCCCACAUCGUCCUCAACCGCCGCACGUCGGGCAUCAUCGAGAUCGAAAUCAAGCCUCUGCGCAAGACUGAGAAGAGCAAAUCUUACUACCUGUGCACGUCGCUCUCCACCCCGCCCGUGGCAGCCGGCGGCCCCGGCUCGGCGGGCAGCCCCGUGGGGGGCAAAGGCGGCCGUGGCGUGGCGGGGCUCCCUCCCCCUCCGUGGGCAGAGACCACCUGGAUCUACCACGAUGGCGAGGACACGAAGAUGAUCGUGGGGGAGGAGAAGAAGUUCUUGUUACCUUUCUGGCUGCAGGUGAUCUUCAUCUCGCUGCUGCUCUGCCUCUCGGGGAUGUUCAGCGGCCUCAACCUGGGACUGAUGGCGCUGGACCCCAUGGAGCUGCGCAUCGUGCAGAACUGCGGCACGGAGAAAGAGAAGAAUUACGCCAAGCGCAUCGAACCCGUGCGCAGGCAGGGCAAUUACCUGCUGUGCUCCCUGCUGCUGGGCAACGUGCUGGUCAACACUACCCUCACCAUCCUGCUGGACGACAUCGCGGGCUCGGGCCUGGUGGCCGUGGUGGUUUCCACCAUUGGCAUAGUCAUCUUUGGGGAGAUAGUGCCUCAGGCCAUCUGUUCCCGGCACGGCCUGGCAGUGGGCGCCAACACCAUCUUCCUCACCAAGUUUUUCAUGAUGAUGACCUUUCCCGCCUCCUACCCGGUCAGCAAGCUGCUGGACUGCGUCCUGGGCCAGGAGAUCGGCACAGUCUACAACCGCGAGAAGCUGCUGGAGAUGCUUCGCGUCACCGACCCCUACAACGACCUCGUCAAGGAGGAGCUCAACAUAAUCCAAGGGGCGCUGGAGCUCCGCACCAAGACAGUGGAGGACGUGAUGACUCCGCUGCGGGACUGCUUCAUGAUCACUGGAGAGGCGAUCCUGGAUUUUAACACGAUGUCAGAGAUCAUGGAGAGCGGCUACACUCGCAUCCCGGUGUUUGAAGGGGAGCGCUCCAACAUCGUGGACCUCCUCUUUGUCAAGGACUUGGCGUUCGUUGAUCCUGAUGACUCCACUCCCUUGAAAACCAUCACGAAGUUUUACAAUCACCCUUUGCAUUUUGUUUUCAAUGACACUAAGCUGGACGCCAUGCUGGAAGAGUUUAAGAAAGGUAAAUCUCACCUGGCCAUAGUGCAGCGGGUAAACAAUGAGGGAGAAGGGGAUCCGUUCUAUGAAGUGCUGGGAAUUGUCACUUUGGAAGAUGUGAUUGAAGAAAUCAUCAAGUCGGAGAUCCUGGAUGAAACAGAUUUGUACACUGAUAAUAGGACUAAAAAGAAAGUGGCCCAUCGGGAAAGGAAGCAAGAUUUCUCUGCCUUCAAGCAGACAGACAGUGAGAUGAAGGUUAAAAUAUCACCACAGCUGCUCCUGGCAAUGCACCGUUUCCUAGCAACAGAAGUAGAAGCAUUUAGCCCAUCCCAGAUGUCAGAGAAGAUCCUUCUAAGGCUGCUAAAGCAUCCCAAUGUCAUCCAGGAGCUGAAGUACGAUGAGAAGAACAAGAAAGCCCCAGAAUACUACCUCUACCAGCGAAACAAACCUGUAGACUACUUCGUUCUCAUUUUGCAGGGGAAAGUGGAAGUUGAAGCUGGGAAAGAAGGGAUGAAGUUUGAAGCGAGCGCUUUUUCCUACUACGGCGUGAUGGCGCUCACGGCAGCUCCAGUUCCUUUGUCCCUGUCUCGUACCUUUGUUGUCAACAGAACAGAGCUGUUAGCAGCAGGUUCUCCAGCUGAAAACAAGUCACCUCCUCGUCCAUGUGGCUUGAAUCACUCUGAUUCUCUCAAUCGAAGUGACCGGAUUGAUGCAGUGACCCCAACACUAGGGAAUAGCAACAACCAGCUUAAUUCGUCUUUCCUUCAAGUGUAUGUCCCUGAUUACUCAGUGAGAGCCCUCUCAGACAUUCAGUUUGUGAAGAUCACAAGACAGCAGUACCAAAAUGCCUUGAUGGCAUCCCGGAUGGACAAAACUCCUCAGUCUUCAGACAGCGAAAACACUAAAAUUGAACUGACUCUUACAGAGCUGCAUGAUGGGUUGCCAGAUGAAACGGCUAACCUUCUCAAUGAACAGAAUUGUGUGACUCACAGUAAAGCCAAUCACAGUCUGCAUAGUGAAGGCGCCAUCUAGGACUUCUUCCCGAGCCCUCUCGCCCUUGAUUGUCAUGGUCUGAAGCAGUGUCCUGCCACGUCGCUGCUCUCCUCGGUCUCCUUCACAGGACCCCCUCUGGCCCUCUCCCCUGCCUUCUCCCCGUCUGACUGCAACUACCAUUAGUAUGUGCUCAUAUGCCGUGCUGCCUCCUGCACCAUUCUGAGACCAAAGACUUUGUGCCCUUCCUGGGAACAGCAAAGGAAGCAAUGCAAGGGAUGGCAGUGGAGGCAGAGACACCGAGCCACCUGCCCAGAAACAGUGAGCCGGAUUCCAGACAUGUGCUUCCUCCUGCUCCAAUAGAAUCACGUCUAUUUUUCCGGCCAGACCUUUUAUCCUGGUUCAUUUGCCUCCUUCUUAGAUAAGCAUGAAGAAGUUUAAAAUUGUUGCAGUUUAUUUUUUCAAGAGAUCAUGUUUUUUAAAAGUCUUUUGCAGAGUUUUCAGUUGUUUUUGUUCUGUCUGAACUCUGCUGUGAUCCCAUGAACUGAUCCUGAUAUGGUGGGGUUUGCCACUCCACCCCUGUGAUCUCUCGUUUUUUCCCAGCAGCCUCCUGGAUAGGCAGCACCAUCAUUCCCACGUGAGUCCCUCUACCCUGAAGGAUGCAGUGAAGAAAAUGGGGUCGAUUUAACUACCACCACCGGACAUACUAAAUUUGCUAUUGAAUGGCAGUGGUUUGGAGAGCAGUCUGCUGGCCACGGGGGAUUUGACGGUCAGCUGGGCCUCUUUCCCUCAGGAAGUCUUAGAAUUUGAUUUGGAAAUGUGGGUUUGCUCCCACACUAGGGAAUUUUAACAACAAAAUGUGUUUUAUUGAAUUUUAAACUUGUUGGAUAAUAGAACAAUGGGCCUGGGGAAUAUUCAGCCUAUCAGACUGGUAUUCAGCCUAGGCAGGGAUCUCAGGUUCAGGUCAGCCUUCCUCCCAACCCUGGGGCAUCCCUUCUCUGCCAGAGGAGGGGGAGAGGACAAGGAGACCACCCACUCGUUCCUCAGCUUUAAAGAGCUCUAAUUCCCUUUCCCCAAACCUCGUUAUUCAUCCAAGAUGCUGCUAUACUGAUGCCAAAAGGAAAUCUUCUCUGGGGCUUUUCAAUAGAAAUAUGGUAUGGACUCCAAGUCUUCUCUCCACACUGAAAUCUGUCUAAUUGUCUGAGAAGGCAUUUCUACUUCAGGUUGUGUUCUUCAAGAUACAGCAUUCAAGCCUCGGUUUCUAAGGGGGUGGGGACUCACUGGGGACUUUUCAGGGAAGCAGCUCUUCAGUUUUCCUUCCUUUCCCUCUUACUGUUCUUUUAGAUGUUGUUUGGUGGCCAAGUUAUGGAGAGCCACCAGCCCCCCUGGGCAGCAGGGCUGUCUGUGAUGGAUGGUUUGCAGAGCUGUGGGACAGGACAACCUGGGCCCCAUAUGGGUUUCCAGAAACCAAAUGUGUAUUAUGGCCAGUAUAUGUAUGUUGCUUCUAAUUUAAUACCAAAUGUCGUCAUCUGUUGUCAAAUUAAGGCCAAUGGGCAUUGCUUGACCGGUCAGACUUUCUACUUGUCCACCUUUGGAGUACUAGCUUAAAGGAAAUGUGCCUUUUGAUGGCAGUAUCCAUAUAUUGAAAUGAACCAGUGUUGACCAUGGCUUUCAUACUGACUUUCAGUACAUACUGCAUCCAGACACUAGCAACCUAUGUAGCAGUUCCUCCUUUCCUUGUUCAUUUCCAAGUCUGUUUGUCUUCAAUUUGAAGCGGUGGGGCUAAAUAGCUGCCUUCCCCCUCCCCUAAGGGUAUUUCUAUUCCUUUGGGUUCUAAAUGGCCCCUAGCUGGUAUCUUGGAUUCAUCCUUCAAGUAGGGGAAGAGGAGGGGUGGCUUUCUGAGAAGAUGGAUCAUUUCAGCCACAAAAUGUGACAGGAAAUUGAAUGUUUCACUGCCUGACUGGAUGAGUGGUUGAGCUUGACCCAGUGGAAGGACUUGGUGUUCUCCCAAAAUGCUUUGUUAGCCCAGGAUUCUCCUCACUGGCUUGGCUGAUAGCCCUCAGAGACGUACUCAAGCUUAAAACACUCGGCAAAAGGAAGAAUGUGAUGCCUGCACCUGUUUUAGGUGAAAAAGGGGCCGAGGACAUCCCUCAGCAGAGAGUAGAUCUGCUCACAACAAAUUCCAUCCUAGACAAAAGAUUUCGUUUCCUGUUGGGUUCUUAAGGGAUUGAUGAACAGAGCAGUUUGUUACUGUGAAGAGAAGGAAUUGGGAUAGGCACUUGGGAAUGAAUGGCCUUUAAUAAGACUGACCUGAGCUUCAAGAUAGAGUAUUUAGAGGCAGGCUGCUUGGUUGGUCCUGGAGGAUUUCCGAUCUGACUCUGCCCAACAUCCUGGAACUUUAGCUUCACCAGCUCUCAAGGCUCUUCCCCCCACCUCACCCUCGUCUGUCUCUGUCCUUCUAAAUAGAGCCCUGCCCCAAACUUUUGGGCACAAUUUCCUAGAGGAAAGCUUAACAUGUUAAUGGCCAAAAGAGAGUCCUUUUCCCUAAGGUCUAGUGGUCUUGUGUUAUCUCGGAUCAGUUCAGUCUCUUGGCUGGGUUGGGAGAAACCCUAGAGUAUUGUGAGAUUUUGGGGAACAGACUAAAACACUUCCUGCUUACUUGACUUUGGGCCCAAGGGGGAAAAUCCCUCGGUUAACUCAUUGACUUAUUGAAGAAUGUGUUCUUGUGUGGAGGAACUCAUGGCCAGGAAGUAAAGUCCUCAGUACAAAUUUCUGUCCCAGAUGUUUGUGGAUAUCAUUCUAAUUCAUUUUCUGGAAAUGAAAGCCAAUACUCAGUCAUGAAUAUUAAUAUAAAACAUCAGGUAAUCAAAUGCAAUUUCUUUUUGGUUUUUGAAAGUAUUUUUUGUACUAAAAUUGGAAUAUAAGAGUACCUCUGAUAUAGUAGGGAUUUUGAACACUUCUAAACAAUACUAAGAGGUCUGAUUCUUCAGUAUCCCCAUUCUGGCCUCAUUUCCACUUUGGGAAUUGACACAACCAUCCCUCAGACUGAUGCAGAGGAGGCACCUUAAGCUGAGUUGAGCUCUCUAAGGACUCACUGGUUCAUGCCUCCCUAGGACUGUUUUAUUUUGGCUUAAGACUUUCUCCUUCAGUUUCUGUUUGGGUGUUAGUUGACAUGGAUCCAUGAUAUAUUUCAAGCAAAUAAUUACACAAAGAAAGGGAGGACAGUGUUAGUAAUUAGCGUCAAGAACAUCUGGGAAUAAUACUCCUGAAUUAUUGUGUUGGGCUAUAGUCUGCUAAGAAGAAUGAAAAACAGAUAGAUUGCCUUCAUGAGCUAUGAAGGGGUGCCUCAGGAUCCUAAGACUCGAGUGGACUGGCUCAUUACUGCCCCAAUCCAGGAAUUGGGAGCCAAGGCUAUGUACAAUAGAAACCCUUGAAAUAAGGAAGCCUGAGGGAGGGGAUAGGUUGGGAGCCAGAGCAAGGCAAGGUGGUAGGACUGAGUCUUGAAGGGUCAUGAUUGUCAAAUUUAGAAACAACAUAAAUGAACCACUGUGAUGAUGUGAAAGCCCUACCUGGAAUAGGAUCCCAAAUGCUCAGCAAUUCUCAGGGUUUCCUCCUUUUCCUCUACACUAGCUCCUGCUCUGCACUCUUUAGACAAGGUGAAUUCUUUGCCAAUCAUUGGGAAACAAGGGCAUAGGAUUUGGUCUUAGAAAGUUGAAUUGCUGGUCAAAUUGAGUUUUUAGUUUUUACUAAGUUUGUACCCAUAGGAAAGAAUGCAGCACGUGACUGUUCUCUGCUCAUCUAACUUUGGCACCCAGGUUGUUUGAGUGGCCCAGGAAAAUUGUGCACUCCAACAUGCACAAGUCCUUUGCACCUAAUGGCCCAGCGCUGUUAGAAAAGAUAAUUGUGAAAAUGUGAGAUUUUCUCUUUGAUCAAGCAGACAAAGCACUUGGCAAACAUUUCUCAAGACAAGAAUUUGAAUCCAAUUGAGACCCAGAAAUUCCCCCUCAAAUUCUACCACAUAAGUCCUUAUUUAUACAAGGUCAUGGUUCAUAGCUCCCUGAGCCCUAUAGUAACAUUUGUUAGGCAGCUGUGGUUAGGUCCAGGAAGGCAAGCACUGCUGGAGUUGGCAUUCGGGCCCUCAAAUCUCACUCGUCAUUUCAUCCAUGAAUGUGUUCACCAGAAGGACAGUUCCAGUUAGAUUUGCUCCCUGGGGCUGGCAGUGAAGAUGCCCUGAAAAGUCUGGAAUGGAAAGAGCUUCACUCUAUCCCCAGUGAUUGAGAAUGGAGGGGUUGAUAGAAGUUCGUUUAGAGCAUUGCCCUGGAUUGGUGUUAUCUCCUCAAUGAAUUUUUGAUUGGAAUAACAGUCCUUUCUCUGCUCCGGUCCUACCAGAGAGGGAUUAUUCUUAGAUGAAAGUAAAUUUAAGGAGUUAGGAAAAGAAAGUAAAGGUUUGGUAGCAUAUUCUCUGUGUGUGUGUGUGUGUGUGUGUGUGUGUGUGUGUGAGAG